AUGAGCUACGGGAAGAUACAAGGGUACAGGAAGCUACGGGAAGAUACAAUGAGCUACGGGAAGAUACAGGGGUACAGGGAGCUACGGGAAGAUACAAGGGGUACAGGGAGCUACGGGAAGAUACAGGGGUUUAGUGCAGAGCUGAUCAUGUUUACUCCGGGUUCAGCUAAACUAAUAAGAUCUAGUUCAACUUCAUUAAAUCCAAGUCCCAGUCUCCGUGAUUUAGAAGUGUACCUGGAGAAGUUAAAUAUUGCUCAGCCUGCCCCUGGACCUGGACUUCAACCAAUCCGGAUGCAUUAUUAUGUCGAGGUUUAUGUUCAUGUUUCUGUUCAUGAUUAUGUCCAGGUGUGUGUUCAUGUUUCCGUUCAUGAUUAUAUCCAGUAUGGAAUACCCCUGGAGUAUGGAAUACCCCUGGAGUAUGGAAUACCCCUGGAGUAUGGAAUACCUCUGGAGUAUGAAAUACCCCUGGAGUAUGGAAUACCCCUGGAGUAUGGAAUACCCCUGGAGUAUGGAAUACCCCUGGAGUAUGGAAUACUCCUGAAGUAUGGAAUACCUCUGGAGUAUGAAAUACCCCUGGAGUAUGGAAUACCCCUGGAGUAUGGAAUACCCCUGGAGUAUGGAAUACCUCUGGAGUAUGAAAUACCCCUGGAGUAUGGAAUACCCCUGGAGUAUGGAAUACCCCUGGAGUAUGGAAUACNGGAUCAGACCUCAGGGGCACCUGGAGGAGGUUGGAUCAGACCUCAGGGGCACCUGGAGGAGGUUGGAUCAACCCUCAGGGGCACCUGGAGGAGGUUGGAUCAACCCUCAGGGGCACCUGGAGGAGGUUGGAUCAGACCUCAGGGGCACCUGGAGGAGGUUGGAUCAACCCUCAGGGGCACCUGGAGGAGGUUGGAUCAACCCUCAGGGGCACCUGGAGGACAUCAAUAA